GCAAAGGCUGCUGGGAGUCGGCUGUCAUGGCUCCGCACAUAAACACAAAACUGUGAACAAGCGACACUUUUAUGUUGUUUUAUUUUUAAAGCAAACCGACGACAUUUGAACUAAUAAUCAGAGAAAAAUUGAAGCGAGAGGAGGACUCAUGUCGGGGGGGAACAAGGCCGUGGAGCUGCAGAUGCAGAUCAGGCAGAACGCGGAGGAUCUGCAGAGCUUCGUGAAAGAGCUGCAGAGCUGGGAGGAGGAGAUCAGGGACAGAGACCAGCAGCUGAGGACGGGGGGACAGCAGGACCUGCAGAAACAGCUCCCACCGGUGCGCAACAAAGACUACAAAACAAAGAUGAGGAAGAAGAAGAAGCCGAAUGAAGAUGGCGAUAAAAAAGCAGAGGAGUCGGGACAAGCAUCUAAAAUAAAAGCAUACGACUACCGGUCGUGGGACAAGUUUGAUGUGGACCAGGCUCUGGCGGAGGUGGAUAAGGAGGCCGGUCCUGCAGAAUCCAACGAGUCCGACUCAGAGGAAGCUGCAGCCGACCAGGAGAAAGCUCUGGCUGAGAAGAAAAGGGGCAAUGAGUUUUUUAAAGAAGGUAAAUAUGAUGAGGCCAUUGAAUGUUACACCAGAGGGAUGGAGGCCGACCCUUACAACCCCGUGCUUCCCACAAACAGAGCCAGCUCCUUCUUCAGACUCAAAAAGUACGCCGUGGCAGAGUCCGACUGCAACCUGGCCAUCGCCCUCGACAGCAACUACUUCAAAGCGUACGCUCGGAGGGGAGCAACUCGGCUCGCGCUGAAGAAACAUGAAUCUGCUGCAGAAGAUUACGAGAUGGUUCUCCAGCUGGAUCCGGGGAACCUGCAGGCACAAAACGAAGUGAAGAGGAUCAGAGAGGUGGGUGGUCAUCAGGCCCCGGGGCAGAGAAGUGAAGCCGCGCGAUCGGGGGACGACGCCGGGGGGCCGGAGGAGCGGAGCGCCGUGGAGGAACAGCAGAGGAAGCAGGAAGCUGUGUUCCAGAAAGACAGAGGGAACGCGUAUUUCAAAGAGGGGAAGUAUGAAGCAGCCGUGGCGUGCUACACCGAGGGCAUGGAGGCCGACGGCACCAACGUCCUGCUGCCGGCCAACAGAGCCAUGGCCUACCUGAAGCUGGAGAAGUACCGGGAGGCGGAGGAGGACUGCUCUACAGCCAUUUACCUGGACAGCACGUACUGCAAGGCCUUGGCCCGCCGAGGCACGGCCAGGGUGGCGCUGGGGAAACUGGAGGAGGCCAAACAAGAUUUCCAGCAGCUGCUGAAACUGGAACCGGGGAACAAACAGGCCCUGAACGAACUCCAGAAACUUCAGAUCGACACGAGCUCCGCGGGUCUCCUCCAAACCCCGGACGGCUCUCAGAGGAGAACGGUCCAGCCGAUAGACAAACCUGAACAUUUGCGCUCGACUAAACCUCUGAGGAGGAUCACCAUCGAGCAGGUCAGCGGGACGGUGCCGGUGCCUGAGGAGAAGCCGACUGUGUCCAGAACUUUAGUCCAGGAAGUGGUGAAGGAGGCCGAGGAUGUGCCGUCUCCGCUGUCUUCAUCACCCAGCGCCAAGAUGAUCAAAAUCGAGGAGACAGCAGACACCCCCUCACACUCAUCUGACCUCAGAUGUCCGCUGCAGGAGCCGGCCGCUCAUCCUCCCCAACCACCAACGUUCUUGACAGAAGCAGAGCUUCCUCCUCCGCCCACCAACAGCUUCCAGCUGGAGUCGGACCUCCGAAAGAUCGGAAAUCAGCCCCAAGUGAUUUACAGAUAUCUCAGGCAAAUCAAACCUGAAGCGUACGUGAAGAUUUUCAACAGCUCCCUCGAACCAGACAUCCUCUAUCAGAUUCUGAGGACACUACAGGAGUUCUUCAUGAAGAAUGAAGCGCCGGAGGUCGUGAUGGAAACCCUCAACAGUUUAGCAAGCGUGAGGCGCUUCGACAUGGCUGUUAUGUUCAUGUCGUCACCUGAGAAGAAAGUGCUUAAAGAGCUGUUUGAUUUCCUCCUCCAGUCCGGCCUGGACCGAUCAGCCGUCGCUGCCUUACAGAAGAAGUAUAACAUGUGACCUUUGGACCGAGGGAGAAUCACCCCCGAACAGUGUUAAGAUUUAGUUGAACUUAAAAAAAAAACAUGUAAACUGAGAACACUUCCUCUGAGCUGAUCAGCUGACCCACGGCUCUGACAUCGUUGUGUUUGGUCUAAUUCUCUGAUAUUCACUCUGUCUGGUUUGGAGCCUGGAAGUACUCAAGGUUCCAACUUGGAUGCAUUUUGACAAUAAAAAUACAA